UGUUCCUGAACACCGUCCGUGUAACUUCGUUGAAAGUGAAAUAAUGUGAAUCGUGCCUCCGCAAUAAUGGAUCUGUUGAUAUAUUUGUCGGUGCUGGUGAUUUGUUUUGUUGAUUCUGACGCUGGUGGACAUGGGGGCAAACAUCAUGUUAAUUUGAAAAUACACCUGCCAGAGUUUAUACAUCAUGACCAUCAUAAGAAAGUUAUAACGAUCCAUCAUCAUCAUCACAAACCAAAGAAAGAACAUCACCACCACCAUCACCAUCAUAAGCCACAUAUACCUCACGGGCAUCAUCACCACCAUCAUCAUAAAAAAACAGCGACACAUUCCGUUACUAAAGGACAUUCCAAUCACCAUGGUCACGGCCACGGACAUCAUCAUGGGCAUCACGGGCAUCAUGGACAUCACGGUCAUCACGGUCAUCAUGGUCAUCACGGUCAUCACGGUCAUCACGGUGGCGGUCAUAAAGAACAUGACACGCCUAUAAUUUUUGAACCACCAACAAUACAUUACGAGCCUCCAGAGAUCAACUAUAGCCCACCAAGUUACGAUUAUACACCAACCACCUAUCAACAUGACUUCAGUUACCAGCCAUCCAUACCAAAUAUUCCUGAGGCACCACGUGUACACGGUGUAGUACAUACAGUAAAGCAGGUCAAAGUAUUUGAUUCACUACCAAAUGCUUUACCCAAUAUAAGAAAUGGUAACGCGUAUGAAGUGACUGAGGAAGGUAAUGAUGAAGAUGAAGAGGUAUUUACAGCAGUUAAUACUCCACAAGUCUUUCCUGGAACAUACGGUUUUAUAAAAAGUGCAGCGCCCGAGGGCGAUACAUUUGCUGAUUUACCCCAACAGAAUUCAGUACAAUCAAAACCUGACCUAUUUAUGAACACAAUCCAACCCGCGAAUUAUGCAAAUUUAGAAAGUUUUACUGCUGAUCAGGGGAAUGCGCCACAAGUUGUAGAUGCCCAAUUCCCUAGCUCCGGAAAUGCGGCCGAAAAUGAAGGGUUUGAAGGUUUCAGUAACGUUAUUGGUGAUAUUGGUAGUAGAGCAUUAAUAUCAACAUCUGGUGGUUUCCAUGACGAUUCACCAGUUUCUUUUUCGAGACAAGGUGGAAUCCAAGAGACCAUAAAUACAGAGGGAGUACAAUCUGUUAGUUAUACGAGUAGAUAGAAAGAAUAACUGACAUUUAGUUUUAGAUACUUUAGACAUGUAACGAAACUGACAGUAUUUCAUAUAUUUUAGUGUAAGACUGUUUGAGGGGAAAAUUGUGUUGAAAAAUUGUUGAUUCAUCUAUAUAAUUUGUUGAUUAAUAUAUUUGAUAACUGUUUUGAAAAGAAAUCGACUGUACUUAAAGAAUUUACUAUAAGAGAUUGUUUGGAAAAUUUUCAGACGUAAAUUAGAUAUUUCAUAUUAAUAUUAUUUUACUUAGAUACAGAAUGUGACUAAGUGUAAGAUUUUUCCUCAAAUUUAUAAUCAAGAUUCAGGAGUCUUACGGGUGUCAACACUUAGCGCCAAGACUUGUUUCUAAAUAUUACCUAUAGCUAAGUACGACUCCCGAAUGCCAAACCCAAUACAAAUCUAUUGCUAAGUCACGAUUGUAUUUACGAGCAACAUUGCAUUAGUUAAUUAAGCUUGUUAUACAUAACGGAUUAUUAUAUUAAUAUUUUUUUAUUUAAU